AUGGAGAUUGCUCUCAAACAACUGGUAUUCAAUAUUGAUCAAUGGUCAAGUAGGGGGGUAAAGCAAGGUAAUCCAAUUUCUCCUACAUUGUUCAUUAUAGCAGCAGAGGUCUUAACAAGGUGUCUAAAUAAGCUGCAUGAGAAGCCAAGUUUCAUAGGCUAUGGAAUGCCAAAAUGGAGUCCUCAAAUCAAUCAUUUAUCAUAUGCUGGUGAUGCAAUCCUAUUCUAUUCUGGGGAUGGAUAUUCAUUAAAUAAAAUGAUGAAGAGGUUGAGGAAGUAUGAGAAGGCUUCAGGACAAUUGGUCAAUACUGAUAAAAGCUGUUACUAUGUUCAUCACAAGGUUUCUGCCAGAGUUAAUAGCAAGAUUAAAAGACAUACUAAUAUGAGAAAUGGAUCCUUUCCUUUCACAUAUUUAGGAUGUCCAGUGUUUUAUGGAAGAAGGAAACAAAUAUAUUAUGAGGAUUUGAUCAAAAAAGUGAUGAAAAGGAUUCUGCCUUGGCAAAACAGACUGUUAUCUUUUGGAGAUGUGGAAGAAGCUUAUGGAGUAGCUACAUCCGAACAAAUGCGCAAGAAAUGGCACCCUACUAUGGUAGUAGAUAGAGGAGGAUCACACACUUGGAAGAAGAUGGUGAUUAUAAGAGAUGCAGUUGAGCCACAGAUAUUUUGGUAUUUGAGAAAUGGAACUUCAAGUUUCUGGUAUAAGAAUUGGACAAGGCUUGGGAUCGAGAAUUGGCUCAAGCAUAUCAAGGAUAAUAUCAAAGUUCCAGAUGGAGAAGAAGAUGAUGAACCAUGUUGGAUGUUGGAAACAAAUGGAAAAUUCUCAGUUAAAUCUGCAUGGGAAUUUCUCAGGCAUAAAGAGAGCAAACAAACCAGCUAUAGGCUCAUGUGGGAGAAAGGGUUGCCAAUAAAGAUAAGCUUUUUCAUGUGGAGGGUGUGGAAAGGAAGAAUCUCUACAGAUGAUAUAUUAAAAAGGAUGAUGAUCAAUAUACCAUCAAGAUCUUUGGUCUUUGUAUUCCUACUGAUGGAGUUAGUCUACAUCAAAUGA